UUACCGCCCACAAAGUUACUCAGCCAGGUGACAGCUGAACCCGCAGGGGACUCAACACAGCGGAACUCAUCGCAACAGACAACACAACGGCAUCUGUCAGCGCCAGAUUAAAGGGGAAGACACCCACACAUUUAUUACGGUGUUGCUUUUACUUACAAUUAUUACAUGUACUUCAUUUGAAAGCCUCUCUUCCGCUCGUUGUUGGAGAGGAGAUAGCUAGCAGCGCGAGGAUAUCGUUAACGUUAGCUUCUCUGACGUUCUACCAGAGAGCAUUCAACGGUGGUUGUAUCUCUGACCAGCUCUCGGUAGACAGACACCGUCACCAUGUCGGAUCCGGCCGGGGAGGCGAAGCUGGAGGUGAAACAGGCAAGCAAAGAAGUGAAAGAGAGCGAAAACGUGGCGGAAAAAUAUUCAGCAAUGACCGUAAGCAAGAAUAGCGAAAUGAACAUGGGAGAGCUCUCGUCCGCCUUCAGCGCGGUGCCGACUCACAAACCAGUUAAAAAGCAAAUCCAGUUUGUGGAGGACAAGCAGGAGUUCAGCAGGUUCCCCACCAAGGCAGGCCGUCGCUCGCUGUCCCGCUCCAUCUCUCAGUCAUCCACAGACAGCUACAGCUCCGCUGCGUCCUAUACGGAUAGCUCUGACGAUGAGACCUCACCACGGGACAAAACUCAGGUGAACUCCAAGGGCAGCAGCGACUUCUGUGUCAAGAGCAUCAAACAGGCUGAAUUUGGAAGACGUGAGAUUGAGAUCGCAGAACAAGAUAUGUCAGCGCUGAUCUCACUCAGGAAGAGAGCCCAGAGUGAGAAACCAUUGGCAGGUGCAAACAUUGUGGGCUGCACUCACAUCACUGCCCAGACUGCAGUGCUGAUCGAGACUCUGGUGUCUCUUGGGGCUCAGUGCCGCUGGACUGCGUGUAACAUUUACUCUACACAGAAUGAAGUGGCUGCUGCUCUGUCAGAGACUGGCGUGUCAGUGUUUGCCUGGAAAGGGGAGUCUGAAGAUGAUUUCUGGUGGUGUAUUGACCGCUGUGUCAACACGGAGGGAUGGCAGCCUAACAUGAUCCUUGAUGAUGGAGGAGACUUGACUCAUUGGAUGUACAAAAAAUACCCCAAUGUAUUCAAGAAGAUCAGGGGCAUUGUAGAGGAGAGUGUCACUGGGGUUCACAGGUUGUAUCAGCUGUCCAAAGCUGGAAAACUGUGUGUACCGGCUAUGAAUGUAAAUGACUCUGUGACAAAGCAGAAGUUUGACAAUCUCUACUGCUGCAGAGAAUCAGUCCUGGACGGCUUGAAGAGAACCACAGAUGUCAUGUUUGGAGGCAAACAGGUGGUCGUAUGUGGGUACGGAGAGGUUGGAAAAGGCUGUUGUGCUGCUCUGAAAGCUCUGGGAUCCGUUGUCUCUAUUACAGAGAUUGAUCCCAUCUGUGCCCUGCAGGCCUGCAUGGACGGAUUCAGGGUAGUCAAGCUGAAUGAGGUCAUUCGCCAGGUUGAUGUCAUCAUCACAUGCACUGGGAACAAGAAUGUGGUGACCAGAGACCAGCUGGACCGCAUGAAAAAUGGCUCUAUUGUCUGCAACAUGGGCCACUCCAAUACUGAGAUUGAUGUGGCAAGUCUUAGGACCCCAGAACUGACCUGGGAGAGAGUGCGCUCUCAGGUGGAUCACGUCAUUUGGCCUGAUGGCAAGAGGGUCAUCCUUCUGGCAGAGGGACGUCUCCUUAACCUCAGCUGCUCCACUGUUCCUACCUUUGUCUUGUCCAUCACAGCAACCACUCAGGCCCUUGCCCUUAUAGAGUUGUACAACGCUCCUGAGGGACGAUACAAGCAGGAUGUUUACUUGCUCCCCAAGAAGAUGGAUGAAUAUGUCGCCAGUCUGCAUCUGACAACUUUUGAUGCCCACCUGACAGAGCUUUCUGAUGAGCAGGCAAAAUACCUCGGCCUGAAUAAGAACGGCCCUUUUAAACCCAACUACUACAGGUAUUAGUCUGCAAGGGAACCACAGCUCAGCACACCUAAAUAUGAAUGCUACCAUCACCUAUCCCUAAGACAAGAGAAAGAUUUAUGUAUUUAGUUUGUUAUACUCUUCACAGGAUGCACAGCUUGUAUCUAGUUGUAUUUUUCUGCCUACAGCAAGUUUUGCUUUACUUGCUGCUUCCUUCAGAACUGCACAUGGCACCCAGCUGGCUACGAGUAGUCAGCGUAUCCACAGCACUUAUAUCUGCUGGUCAGUUUUAUUCUUUUCAAUUUUUCUAUUAUUAUUAUUUUUAUUAUUAUCUGUUUCCAAAUCUUCUGGCGCCUAGGUUAUUUUAGAAUUCUGAUAGAUAUUGAAUAAUAUAUUAAUAUAUUGUGCCAAAUAACUGUGACAGAGAAGGGUUAAAGUUGGUUCGACAUGCUAAUGGUUAGUUGUGUAAACUGUUAAAACCUACACAAAGCGAUUCUUUUGAUAGCCGCUGUUAGCUCCUUGUUGUGUCUCUCUCAUCAACCUUUUGCGUGGAACCGUUGGAAACCAAGAACAAAGUCAAGCUCCAAUUGUAUUUCUCAGGAGUAGGUGAACAAAAUCAACUUUUAUUUGUCACAUGACAAGAAAUUUGACUACAUUUUGGGGUAAAUGUUUGUCUGCUGGAGGUAUAAGUAGGCAAUUAUUUGCUGACAAACGAGCCAUAACAACUUGAUGAUCUGAUUGUAAAUCAGGGCUAUGUUUCUGUGAGUUUCUGCCCCUCAGUGGUCAAAAAGCACUUAAUGUAGCGUGAGAGCAAUGUGACAGUGUCCACUUACUUCUUACAUUCCAUCCACAACAUAGAAGAAAUGUCCUGUUCUAUAGUAUCGUCCACAUUACUGCGAACAAUCAGCACGUCUGGACAAAAAAGGAACUUCAGUACAUUUGACGACAGCAAACAUAAGAAGAGAAGUUGACAUUUAUUUUCUUGAAAAUAUGUGUCCAUUUACGAGGUUUUGGCAUCUGGUUAGAAUAGUAUCUGCACCUCAGGGCAUCCAAAUAUCUCCAAUUAUUUGUAAUUGUAUUUUUGCCUGAACUUAGUGUCAAGGUCUAGACAUUAACAUGAAAUGAUUUUACAGAAGAACUGUAAAAUAGAGUUAGCGAUGUCUAAAAUCUAUGUCACCUGUCCAGAGUUAAUUGACUUUUGCAGCUAUUUAUAGACUGUUGUUGAAGAUUUUAACAACAAAAAAGUCAACGGAAAUCCAAAAAUGCUCUGGACCCAGACAUGGACAAGCAUUUUUGUCAGUACAUUUGCGUAUGUUAGCUUUACCUUCUGUGUUAUCUUGCAAUAUUGCACCAUUAUUACAGCUUUUCUAAUACCACAAUAGUUAGUUUAGUUUUGUGAUGAUUUUCAUUGUUCAAAAGGCUAAGCACAGUUUCUGUGAGGCUUGUUAAAUAGACAAACUCAUUAUGCCACUUUUACUUCUCUAUAUUUACUUUAAUAUUUUUUUUGAAUCUGUGGCCACAUUUCUUGACUGGAGCUGUGUGAUUAUUUUUUUAUUAAAACUAUAUAGUGUGCAGGUAGUAGUUGUGUCAUGCUAAAUUAUAGCUUUUCAACACAUUUUAACUUGCUCUAUAUCCUGCUGGUGAUCUGUGGGCCAAUCUUACUCCAACCUGUUGACAUUAUUACUGUACCUUUACUCGGUAUACUGUUCCUGUUCACCAAACCUUACCCAAAGAGUUACAGUUAAUUCCUGUAUUUAAUUUCUGUAAAUUUGAUCUAAUUAAUUUUUGUCAUUUACUCUUGGUGUUUAAUUGUAUAGUAGGAUGCUACGAUGAAAUGCUUUCAUCUUUGCACUUGGAGCUUUAAAGGCAUCAGAGCCAAGAACAUUCAGUGAGGACAUCAUUGCCAGUAAGAUAAGCGCUGUAACCAUGGUUACUGGCCAGUUGACAGUGCCUUGUGACUCACUUAGUAAUUUAUAUUUACAUGUACAACUGUUCUUCUCACAGUAUGAUAAUGUGCCCAAAGUGGUUAUUAUUCUGCAAUAUACAGUGAUAGCUAUGCAGCUAAACAUACACGGGUUUCUUCUGUAUUUUACCUCUGCAAUGGUGGAGAGCAUUUGUUAAAUCAGUGUUUCACAUUACUUAAAACUCAUGCAUUACUGUGAGAUGACUAACAGUUCUAGACAUUAGUGGGCAACAUUUUACAUUCUGUUGAUUUAUUAAACAUUUUCAGUUUAAUUUCUUGUAACAAUCAAAAAAUUAGUUGUUGUGGUCUUUUCAUAAUAACACUUAAAAGAUGCCUUUUAUAUGUUUGAACUAAUAAUCAAGUCAGUUAACUCUAGUUUUAACUCUUUUAUAGAGAACAUGAAUGUGUUAUUAAUAAAGCAAACAGCUUGACUCUU